CACUGCAAGUCUCAUUCAGAAGCAACUCCUGAGACAGGAAGAAACUUUUCAAGAUGAUGAUGGAAAAAAAAUGAAUUAACGGAUACUGAUUAUUACAUUUCUUUAUUGUGCUUAUUUUAAAGUUUUAGCGCCGGUUGCUUUGUGCUGAUUUUAUUCUACAGAAGAAAGCUAUAGGACUUUUUGAUUUUUCAAAGAAGAAGAAGAAAAGGAAUCCUGUGUAUUAAUUUUUCCUGAUAAACUCCUCACGAUGGACUCGAACAGAAAGCAUGUGACACUGCAGCUAAUGGUGGCUGUUGGAACAGCAGUAAUCGGCUCCUUACAGUUCGGCUAUAACACAGGAGUCAUUAAUGCACCUCAGACGAUCAUCGAGAGCUUCUACAAUGAGACGUGGCAUGAUCGGUAUUCAGAACACAUCCCUCCAAACUCCCUCACCACUCUCUGGGCCAUUUCUGUCUCUAUUUUUUCUGUAGGAGGUAUCUUCGGCUCUUUCUCCGUAGGACUGUUUGUCAAUCGUCUGGGCAGGAGGAACUCAAUGCUUGUGGCUAAUAUCCUGGCAUUUGUAGCAGCCGCUUUAAUGGGCUUCUCUAAGCUGGCUGCAUCCUGGGAGAUGCUGAUCAUUGGUCGGCUUAUUGUGGGUCUUUACUCCGGUCUGUCCACAGGCUUUGUGCCCAUGUAUGUAGGCGAAAUUGCGCCGACGUCUUUACGUGGGGCACUGGGCACUCUGCAUCAAUUGGGUAUUGUCAUAGGCAUCCUGAUGGCGCAGAUCUUUGGCAUUGAGUCUAUUAUGGGAAACGCAACAAUGUGGCCUUUCUUGCUGGGCUUCACCUUCAUCCCGGCCUUGAUUCAGUGUGCACUGCUGCCUUUCUGUCCUGAGAGCCCUCGCUUCCUGCUCAUCAACCAAAAUGAAGAGAACAAAGCCAAGACUGUUCUGAAGAAGCUUCGUGGCACUGAGGAUGUUGGAGAGGACAUCCAGGAGAUGAAGGAGGAGAGCAGGCAGAUGAUGAGGGAGAAAAAAGUGACGAUCAUGGAGUUGUUCCGGUCUCCACUUUACCGCCAGCCACUCCUUGUCGCUGUCAUGCUGCAGCUAUCGCAGCAGUUCUCCGGCAUCAACGCUGUUUUUUACUACUCUACUAGUAUUUUCAAGAAAGCAGGAGUGUCCCAGCCGGUCUAUGCAACCAUUGGUGCUGGAGUUGUGAACACUGUAUUCACCAUAGUGUCUCUCUUUGUGGUGGAGCGAGCAGGACGAAGAUCUUUGCACCUCAUUGGGCUGAUGGGAAUGGCUGUGUCUGCUGUUUGCAUGACCAUCGCCAUGGCACUGACUGAACAAGUCCCAUCCCUUUCAUAUGUCAGCAUCGUCGCCAUCUUUGUUUUCGUGGCCUUCUUUGAGAUCGGACCUGGUCCUAUUCCAUGGUUUAUUGUGGCUGAACUCUUUAGUCAAGGUCCACGACCUUCUGCCUUUGCUGUGGCCGGUUUCUCCAACUGGACGGCCAAUUUCAUAGUAGGAAUGUGCUUCCAGUAUGUGGAGCAACUGACAGGCCCGUACGUCUUCAUCAUCUUCACCGUGUUGUUGCUCAUCUUCUUCGUCUUCACCUACUUCAAGGUGCCUGAGACUAAGGGCCGGACGUUUGACGAGAUCUCAGCAGGGUUCCGUGAGAAUACAGGCUCCGGAGCAGAGAAGUACGGCCCACAUGAACACAACAUGCUGGGCGCAGACUCACAGCUCUGAGCCCUGCAUUUUCCUCCCAUGCUGCCUCAGUGGCUCUCUAUAAAUCUCUGAUAACAUACUGUAGAGUGUGCUGCAACACCCACUUUCAGAUAGAUGUGUUUAUCUAUCGACAAGAUAGGAAGCCUGUGGCUGACUCCUGUUUGUGUUCUCUCUUUAUUUCCUAGAAGAAUGAGAGUAGCUACUUUGCGGGCCACUUAUCAUUAUUUUAUUUUUUAACAGUUGCACUAUCACUAUGCGAUCACUGACCACUUGCAUUGCCUGCUGAAAAAGAUAUACACUUUGGAUACACUACUGCAUCACACUUGUUUAUUUAUACCAUUCCUCCUAAAUAAUGUCUGAAUGUCUCUUGCUUUUAUUCAUUUAUGGGCAGGAAUGUACAAUGAUACAACAAGUCUCAUCUGAAAAAAUAUAUAUAAUAAAAAGAUUUUAACUAAUGUGGGCUAAGACUGAGCCUAUUAAGAAGUCAGUUAUGGCAGUUUCACCACUGAAGCACAAAAAUCAGCAAAAAAUAUCUUAACAAAUGAACACAUCUUGAAUAUCCUUGUGAUAUUCAUUCAUUCAUGUACUCAUCCUGAGUAAGCGCGGAGUUUAUCGUGGUCAGGGUCAUGCUGGAUCCGAAGCCUAUCCCGCGAAUACUGGGUCCAUGUUGAGAAUACAUCCUGGAUGGGACUCCAGUCUAUCAUAAGGCAUCAUGCACACACACAUUCACACACUUAUUCACAGCUAGGGGAAAUUUAGCAUUGCCAAUACACCUAUCAACAUGUUUUGGGAGAUGGGAGAAAUUUCCACUUUCUAGCCAUUUUUUACUAAUUUCAUGUUUGAAUUUGUAUUAUUCUUUUGGCAGAUUUUCUUGUUUCUAAAAUAAAUGUAUGAAAAUAGGUAAGAAAUUUCUAGAAGUAGACCUAAUAAUAAUAUUAAUAUUUUUAUCUUUAUCUUUUUUUAUAUUAUAUCUUAAAUGUAGGUGAAUGUAUGCAUGCAUGUAUGUAUGUAUGAUAUACAGCAUAUGAAAUAUUAUUAUUAAUAUUAAUAAUAUUGAUAAUAAUAUUUCAUAUACUGUAUAUCAUACAUACAUACAUGCAUACAUUCACCUAUAUUUAAGAUAUCUUAUAUUAAGAUAUUUCUUGCAGUUCCUGUUUCCACCCAACCAAGUAAUUUCAUUGGUUUAUUGAUUUAUUGCUCAGGAUGUUUAUGUGGACAUAAUACAAGCAAGUUUUUUUUGGCAAAGAAUCUUUUUUUUUUGUCCAAGGAAUUCUGUGCAUUCUAAUAUGUUGCCAAUUUAGCCAAAUCGCUGAAAUGUCUUUCAUAUUUCACGAGUGUAAAUUUAAAACGACAUCCUACUGCUGUUGUAAUUACUUUUUCCUAACAGUAGCCUCAGGUGCAGUAGAGAAUAAACUAUGUGUUAGCCAGGUAACUAUAAAUGUCCCCAAAAAGAGAAUUUUUGGAUUUGAUCCAUCAGUAUAAGUAGUUUUGUUGGAGAUCCAUACUACUACAUUUACACAAAUUAAAUCAUGAUGUACCUUGAAACGUGAUUUAUUCAUGAGGAGGCUGUUAAAAAAAAUCUAGACCGGCUUAUGCCAUGAUAUACCAAAAACUGUGCUACUGGGUUUUAUGGUUAUUAUUUUUUAUACCACUUCACCCCUCUUUCGUCAUGCAUUGAAUAAAGUGCAGGCAAUUUUCCUCUGCUACUGUGCGACUGAGAAUAUUUCUCAAACAUGCUGCUUGAACCUCUAACACACUGAGCUUCACCCACUCUAUGAAUUCCUUUUGCAUUUAUUGAACUCCGAUCAAGCAGAAUGAUGCCGACAUUGACAUGGAAGCUAUGCUUAAUGAAUUUAUAUUGUCGCAUGAUACCUGAAAGCACUCUGUACAUUUGGGAAACCUUAUGACGAGGUUAAAUGAUGGGUUCUAAAUGCUACAAAUCUACACAUGCCACUGAAGUCUCUCUUGUUGCUUUGCAUUUUUAUUUUUUACUCAUUUGGACCAGGCACCCUUUGCCCCAUGUUUAUUUCAUUUUACUGUAGUUUGAUUGUCUAUGUUAUACUUCUUUUUCUUCCCCAGACUUGUGUAUUCAGAAGAGUAAAUGUUCCACACAUUUAAUACACAAAAUAUCUCAUCAUAUGUCUCUAUAUACAGUAUAUAUUUUAUUAGAAAUGUGCAUUUAUUAAAUGUGAUAUAAUUGUUUAUUUAUUGCACAUUAGUCAUCAUCACUGUAUGUAAUAUGCAUCUCUAGAUGUUUAAGCACAGCCUUGUGUUUGAUGGUAUGUGUUUUCAUAUUUCAAAUAAAUAUUUCGUAUUUAUUUUUGGACAUUUUAUGCGCUUUGAUUACUGAAGUUGACUACUGAAGCCCUACCACAGUGUUAGAAUACUCUGCACAAACCAUCAAAUAUCCAGUACUCUAAAGCCGAGUGCUUAAAGAAAUUAGUAUUAAAAAUAAAAAUAAGCACACUAAAUAUUGUAUAUGUACAGAAUAUUGAAGGAUAUAGGAGCAGGUUUAUGAAGCUUAACAAUGUGCCUAUAUACAGUAUAUAUACCACUCUCCCGAUAGCUCUUCGUUUUUGUAAAUUAUGCUUUGAAAAUUGGAAUUGAAAUCAAUAAAAUAAAAUUUUAAAACA